AUGAAACUCAAUCCACCGAAGAUUUUAUCCUCUAAACGUCGUGAAUUUCUUUGCACAUGUGGAGAGCAAAAUAGAAAUGAUAUUGAAAAUAAAGCUAUAAAGCCGCUAAGGGCGGAUCAGUGGAUAGAAAAGUACGGUCUUAAGAACUUGAGCCUUACAAGAGACGAUCUGAAUUCGAUGGAAAGUAGACGCAUUUUUGGAGUCAAUGGCACUAGGAAAAGAGUUGGAAUUCUUGUUGAUGCAUCAGAUAUCUUUCUAUUUUCCCAAAGAGGGGCCCAUUUCAUUUGCGCCGUAAAUCGGCUCCUAGAUGAACAACUUUGGAAUAAAGUUGAUGCAAUUUAUUUCGCUGAAUUCGGAACAUCAAUUAAAUGUCUUUGGUCUGAACCCCAGAAAUUUGAUGAAACCACACUAUUAAAAUUGAAAGAAUACUUUCGCUCGGGCAUUCGUAAUGCUGGAGGAAGCAAUCUUUUGGCCGGUCUGAAACAUAUGUUGCGAAUAGCCAAAGUGCACGAUCUGGAAGAGAUUAUCAUUAUCGUUGGAAGCCUUCCAGAUCAACUGAGUUAUUUGCUGAUGGAAUAUCUUGAACUUGUCGAUGUUCUCAAUCCCAAUAUUUUCUUCCACUUUGUCAGUUUUGAUUCUCAAGAUACCCGAGUGCUGGAAACUCUACGACAACUGACCGAAGUCAAUCCGAAACGAAUCAGCCUUCACGUUUAUUCAUCUCUGAAGGAGGAACUUAUUUGGACUGGAGAUGAUAUGCUAGCGCUUAGAAUGGAAUUACUCGAAGCUAAGGCUUUCUUGAUUCAUAUUGUGUACGAUUUCAUUUUUGUUCAUUACUUUAAGAAACUUGCAAAUGAGGUACAAAUAUUUCGUCUAGAACUAGAAAAUGGGAGAAAAAUCAAUUUGGAGUAUUUACUUAAAAAUCCCUGGGGUGUGGAAGAAGAUGGUGACAUUCUCGAAUUCGUAGAAACUGAUGACCAAUCAAGUAUUUCAUUUCUUCCAAGAACUUCACUGGACUGGAUUAAUCAUCAUGGACUAAAGGCUAAGCGUCUAGACUUUUACCAAAUGCUUACUCCGUAUGCAAUGACAAAGACAAGCACAUUUGUUCCAUCAAUUGGCAAAGAAGUUAGUGGAAAGACCUACACUGAGGCCAUGGUUCAACUGGAAUGGCCAGACCAUUCUAUCAAAAAUGUUAACAUCAAGAUCCCACUUCUAAAAAAUUACCUGAGUUGCCUAAACAAACAUAUUGGACUUAUUGAAAAGCGAUUGUUUUGGCUUCAACUCCCAACUUAUCGUCCUUUCGGAACUCUGGUUGAAGAAAAUGCUAUAGUUGUCAUUGAUUUAUCCUUUCACAAUGAGUCAAUGCUGUCAAAUAUUCAAUCAUUUGUAAAACAGCUAAUUGAAAGUCAGAUUGUAAAAUUUGUCAAGUUCUUCAACAUUAUCACAAUUGGGAGUGCUGUGGAAUCAUUUGAAAAGACGAUGGUUGAAGUUAAUAGAGAAAAUCUGCAAAGAGCCUGGUUGUGGUUUAAGGAACGUGGCUGUGCAGGCACAAGAAAUGUUAUGGCGGCUUUGCGAACACUUGCAAAUUCAACGGGCGGACGUUACCAAUGCUUUUCAGAUGAUAUCGUCGAAUACAGUGACGAUGUUAGUGUUCUAAUCGAAGAAAUAGAAACUUCUCAUGUAUUUAUCAAAGCUGCUACUACCUUGAUAUUGAGACUCAAAAAAAAGUGGAAAAAUAAUGCCUGGUGA